AUGCCCGCUCGUUCCUCCGCCUCGCGCCCAAGUGUCGCAGCUAAAAUUCCAAGCGAGGUUUGGACAGAGAUAUUCAGGGAGGCGACGAGAUACAAUGGGAUUGAUGAGCUAGAACUCGACCCAGGGGAAAUUCCCUUCGAUGGACAAUUACGGCCUCCUUUGCCUGAUCCCGUGCUACAGCAAACGAUACUCUCUACUCGUAGAAGCAUCAUUAGCGUCUGUAGAAGAUGGUACGACGUUGGAAUUCGCCAUCUUUGGUCACAUCUGGUGAUUUGGCGCACGGCUUCCUUCGUCGACUCGCCGCUGGUCCCUAGUUCGAUGAUAGAGUCGUGCAAGCGAAAACCUAACCUUGCAAAGCACGUGAAGAAACUCAGCAUUAUGUACACCGAGGGAUGGAGACCCCCGGCUGCUGUGGAUAUCGGUGCGAGCGAGGAACAGGGGAUGGAAUUUAUCGCAACUCUACCGAAUCUUGUAUCUCUACGAGUCGAUCAAAGGCUUCUAUCCCGUAUCAGCGAUCUCCAAUCCCCUCCUAAACUCCGAAACACUUACUUUUAUUCAAAGGAGAGCCCUCGUAAUGAGGCUAUUGUACUCAAAAGUCUCUCGCAAUGGAGGCAAAUUCAUUCUCUCGACAUCCAAUGUCGUGAUUCUCCGUUGGUAGUCGAGGAGGAGCAGAAACUUCCAAAGCUCCGAACGCUCCGCGUCCAAACUCUCAACACGUUUUCCGUCAGUCACAUCGCUCUUGGUAUGGAGUUGCCGGCACUACAGAACUUAUCCAUCCGGGGAUGGUCCCGCGUCGUCCUCGGCGUACGGAAGCUUCCAAAUUCCGCCUGCCAAACGCUGGAGUCACUGGAGCUCAUCGAUUCGUUUGAGGAUAGAUACUCAACUCGCUAUUGGAGACCAAGGGACGUCACCGAACUCUCUCGGCUUCAUACUCUACAAGUCAGCUUACCCGCCCCUAUUCCAUUCUCGAGUCUCAAAUGCCCUAAUCUUCGCACUCUUGGUAUUCACCAACCAGUACCACGAGUUCCUGAUACGGUCAGCAUGCAGCUUACAAAGGAGAUCAACGCUGCCUUGGAGCACUUUCCCAAGUUGUGCGAUAUCCAGAUCCACCACAACCAGCUCAACGGAGAAGUGAAUGUCUGGAACCUUUUAUCUAGCAAAAAUAUUGAUGAACGAUACCUUGAAGGCUGGAAGGAGCGAGGCGCUUCUGUCACCUUUAUACCCCCUCUCCUCCCUGCCGGACAUCCUCAUGACAGGCUUAUUCUCAAUCUACAAAGCAAAGAAGAGUAUCACGACGCGCAUAUCGUGUACGAGUUCACGGCAGACGCCUUCUCCUUCAGCCCGGACAACUGCUUUGCACGGUGUAAGGUCAACGAUAGAUCAAGCAAGUGGACGGAGAGCGUCAGGAAUCGGGAAGAGGGUCUAAAGAAGGCUGCUCUAGCGAUGAUCGCUCUGCUCGAAACCGACGCGAAAACGCCUCCGCGACUCGAAUCCUCAGCAGAUUAG